AUGAGGUACUGGUGGCUUUGCUACAUCGCGUACUGCUGGGCAAUGAUUACGUCAAAGAUGUCCAUUGGCCUGUUCCUUCUCCGUGUCACUGUUAAGAAACUGCACAAGUACAUCAUUUACGCUGCGAUGGGCCUCACGGUGCUGUGCGGCCUCGUCUUCUUCUUCGUCACCCUCUUCCAAUGCCACCCGAUCAGCUUCUUCUGGGACAAGAACAACCCAGAAGGGACUUGCAUCAACGUAGACGUCAUCAUCGGUCUUACGUUCCUGUACAGCGCAAUCUCGGUCAUUAGCGACUUCACGUUUGCUAUUCUACCCUUCUUCCUGAUCUGGGGCUUGAACAUGUCCGUCAAGACCAGGGUCCUUUUGAUUCCUAUUCUUGGGAUGGCCUGCGUUGCUAGUGUCGCAGUCUGUGUGCGCAUGGGCUACGUUAUGGAUUUCAAGAACCCCGACUUUCUCUGGGCCACUGUUGAUAUCGCAAUCUGGUCGGACAUCGAACAGGGUCUCGCCAUCACGGCUGGUUCCCUCGCUACUCUCCGUCCCCUCUGGCGACAAGUUUCUGAGAAAUUCGGAUUCAGCAACUCCUCCUUCGGCCCGUCACGUCCUUCGAAUAUGCGAACACCACAAUGGGUCAACGACCCGAACAGAGAAUCGAAAAAGAAGCCUAGUCUCUUCAGCAUGACAAUGUCUCUGCUGAAGACUGAAAAGGGUGUGUCUACGAAGUCGGAGAUCGACCAGGACUACGGCAUGGGCAACCUUCAGCCAGUACGGCUCCGCGAUGAUCUAUCCGCGGAAAACGAGAAGAGCGACAAGGUGUUCAACACUUGGAGAAUAAAGGGCGGUGGGAAGGUGUCUGAUGAGGAAUGCCGAGUUGGAGAAAUCACAAUGGAGACGCACAUCAACCAGAAGAACGAGAGGCGGUAG